AUGAAUAUAAAUCGUGCUGGUCAUCCGCCUGGGCCAUGGCGCAGAUAUAACAUCGAUCCCGCCACUGCUGAGCCUCCUGCUCCCCAAACUCCUCAUCCAGCCAUGCCUGGGACUGUUGCCGGCGGAAUUGAAUGUCGGCCGCGGCCCACUGGCGCUGCUGCUGGCGGUGGCUCGGGCUCGGGUGCUGGUGCUGGCGUUGGUUCGGGCUAUGGCUCGGGCUCGGGCUAUGGCUUGGGCUUGGGCUAUGGCUGUGGCGCCGGUGCUGACUUGGGCUCGGGCUGUGGCUCGGGCUCGGGCUGUGGCUCGGGCUCGGGCUGUGGCUCCGGUUUGGGCUAUGGCUCCGGCCCGGGCUAUGGCUCCGGCUUGGGCUCCGGCUUGGGCUUGGGCUAUGGCUAUGGCUCCGGCAUGGGAUAUGGCUCGGGCUAUGGCUUGGGCUUGGGCUAUGGCUCGGGCUAUGGCUCGGGCUUGGGCUAUGGCUCGGGCUAUGGCUCGGGCUCCGGCGUGGGCUAUGGCUCCGGCUUCGGCUUGGGCUGCAUGAGCCCGCUGCUCUGCUGGAAUCAUACUCCAUUCCGCGCCUGA